GUUUCCGCCUCUCUCGACGUGUUGAAACCCUAGGUCAGUCGUCGCCUUCGUCGCUUCCUCACUCUUCAGAGCCCUAGAGAACGAAGCCCUAAAGCAGAGAUCCGAUGGCGGAGGUUGAAACGUUCGCUUUCCAGGCUGAGAUCAACCAACUCUUGAGUUUGAUCAUCAACACCUUCUACAGCAACAAGGAGAUUUUUCUCCGUGAGCUCAUCAGCAAUUCCUCUGAUGCUUUGGACAAGAUCAGGUUUGAGAGCUUGACUGACAAAAGCAAGCUGGAUGGACAACCUGACCUCUUCAUCCACAUUGUCCCUGAUAAGACAAACAACACAUUGUCCAUCAUUGAUAGUGGAAUUGGAAUGACCAAGGCUGAUUUGGUGAACAACCUUGGUACCAUUGCUCGAUCAGGAACCAAAGAAUUCAUGGAAGCCCUGGCUGCUGGUGCUGAUGUUAGCAUGAUUGGGCAGUUUGGUGUUGGGUUUUAUUCGGCCUACCUGGUUGCUGAGAAGGUCAUUGUAACCACCAAGCACAAUGAUGAUGAGCAGUAUGUAUGGGAAUCCCAGGCUGGUGGGUCAUUCACUGUCACCAGGGACACAUCUGGUGAGCGCCUUGGAAGGGGUACAAAGAUCACUCUUCACCUUAAAGAGGACCAGCUCGAGUACCUUGAGGAGCGUCGAGUCAAGGAUUUGAUUAAGAAGCAUUCUGAGUUCAUAAGCUACCCCAUCUCUCUCUGGAUUGAGAAGACCACAGAAAAGGAAAUUUCUGAUGAUGAGGAUGAGGAAGACAAGAAGGAUGAAGAAGGAAAGGUAGAGGAGGUUGAUGAAGAAAAGGAAAAGGAAGAGAAGAAAAAGAAGAAAAUCAAGGAAGUCUCACAUGAGUGGUCUCUAGUGAACAAGCAGAAACCUAUCUGGAUGAGGAAGCCUGAGGAAAUCACAAAGGAAGAGUAUUCUGCCUUCUAUAAGAGCCUCACCAAUGACUGGGAGGAGCACUUGGCUGUGAAGCACUUCUCAGUUGAGGGCCAGCUUGAGUUCAAGGCUAUCCUCUUUGUCCCCAAGAGAGCGCCAUUUGAUCUCUUUGACACAAGGAAGAAGCCCAAUAACAUUAAGCUCUAUGUUCGUCGGGUGUUCAUCAUGGACAACUGUGAGGAGCUAAUCCCAGAGUAUCUUGGCUUUGUGAAAGGUAUUGUGGACUCUGAGGAUCUUCCUCUAAACAUCUCAAGAGAGAUGCUGCAGCAGAACAAAAUUCUCAAGGUCAUCCGAAAGAACUUGGUCAAGAAAUGCAUUGAGCUCUUCUUUGAGAUUGCUGAGAACAAGGAUGACUACAACAAGUUCUAUGAAGCUUUCUCUAAGAACCUCAAGCUUGGCAUCCAUGAGGAUUCUCAGAACAAGACAAAGCUUGCUGAGUUGCUCCGAUACCACUCCACCAAGAGUGGGGAUGAGCUGACUAGCCUCAAGGACUAUGUUACUAGAAUGAAGGAGGGUCAGAGUGAUAUCUACUAUAUCACUGGUGAGAGCAAGAAGGCUGUUGAGAACUCCCCAUUCCUUGAGAAACUAAAGAAGAAGGGCUAUGAGGUUCUUUACAUGGUUGAUGCUAUUGAUGAGUAUGCUGUUGGUCAGCUGAAGGAAUUUGAGGGAAAGAAGCUGGUCUCAGCAACCAAAGAGGGCUUGAAGCUUGAUGAAAGUGAAGAUGAAAAGAAGCAGCAGGAAGCUCUCAAAGAGAAGUUUGAGGGUCUAUGCAAGGUGAUGAAGGAUGUGUUGGGAGAGAGGGUAGAGAAGGUGGUUGUAUCCGACCGGGUGGUGGAUUCUCCUUGCUGUUUGGUGACAGGAGAGUAUGGGUGGACUGCUAACAUGGAGAGGAUCAUGAAGGCCCAGGCACUUAGAGACUCCAGCAUGGCUGGUUACAUGUCCAGCAAAAAGACAAUGGAGAUCAACCCCGAGAACCCCAUCAUGGAGGAGCUCAGGAAGAGGACUGAGGUGGACAAGAAUGACAAGUCAGUGAAGGACCUUGUCCUCUUACUCUUUGAGACUUCUCUCCUCACCUCAGGCUUUAGUCUUGAUGAGCCCAACACCUUCGGAAAUAGGAUCCACAGGAUGCUCAAGCUUGGCUUGAACAUUGACGAGGAAGCUGGGGAUGUUGAUGUUGACAUGCCCCCAUUGGAGGAGGCUGAUGCAGAGGCUGAGGGCAGCAAGAUGGAGGAGGUUGAUUAAACUUCACCUCUCUAGAGAUUUUGAUUUUUUUCUACUAGUCUCUUUUGAUGCUGUGGUUUUUCAGUUCUUUUUUAUCUGUGCUUGGAUAUGCUAGUUUUUAUUUUAAGGUUUAGGUUUUUCAAGUAUCCCUUCUGCUUUCAUGUUCGGUUUCAUGGUAAUACAUAAUAUUAACCUUUCUCCUACUCA